AACUGAUGAGUUUCCAAUAUGUGAAAAGACAACCCAAAAAUAUAGCAUAGAAGGAACUGAUCAACAGUAUACAACUGUCAAUCUAUCUAUCUCAUGUGUCUUCGUAGCAUCUCUUCUUCAGCUCUUCCAUUUCCAAUGGCGAGGACAGUUUCCGUCUCCAUCUCCUUGCAGUCCCAGCCCCAUCGGCACCGCCACCUCCUCUCCGUCGCAAAACACCACCACCAUGCUUUUCUCAGGUUUCCGAAACGUAACCAUUGUAAUCUCUCCCUCUCAGUCUCAGCCUCCCACUCUUCCUCUUCAUCUUCCUCUUCGUCAGUCCCAAACCCACUUCAAACUGGGCGUUUUCUGACGAAUGAAGAGCUCGAGAAUCUCGAGUUUCUUGGAAACUAUAGCUACCAUCAAGAAUUGGAAUCUGGGCUUCUUUGGGUUCGUCUAAUGAGGGAAGAGGAAAUGGACAUGACUGUGACCUUACUGUCGGAGUCUUUCGCUGAAUCCAUGAUGAUGGCCACAGGUUAUGUGAAAUUGCUGGAGUUUUUGGUCAAGAAUUACCUGAUUGAGAGGAGAGCGACGAUGCCUUACAGUGCCACGCUUCUUGGAAUUUAUAGGGAAAAUGGGGAGGAGGAUUUUGAGUUGGCAGGAACGGUGGAAUUGACUUUUGAUAAAAAGGGGGCAAAUGCUAAUCCUCCGACACCUACUCCUCCCAAGAAUUCACCAUACAUAUGUAACAUGGCAGUGAGGAAGCCACUUCGAAGGAGAGGCAUUGGCUGGCAUCUACUGAAAGCGGGAGAGGAACUUAUAACAAAAAUGAGUUCCUCAAGAGAGGUUUAUCUGCAUUGCAGAAUUGUUGAUGAAGGUCCAUUCAACAUGUACACAAAAGCAGGUUACAGCAUUGUUAAGACAGAUAGCAUCUUGACCUUGUUAACAUUACAGAGGCGUAGGCACUUGAUGCGCAAAGAACUUCCUGUCUCUGAGAAUGCUUCUGAACUAGAUACUACUAGUGAGCAACCUACUUGAUCAGUAUAGAUAAUGGCUUAUUUGAGGUAAAAAGACAAGAUUAUGUCUAGAUGGUCCUACUACAGCUUACACAACUAGCUUCGGCACCUGCUCUGUAUUGUUGUACACUAUACACGAGGAAAUAGAAAUACCUUACGAUGUUUGUUUUGCUCUCUUGACCAUGAUAUUGCAUCAGAGAAGUUCUGGAGUUGUACUAAUUCUAGGCUUGUAUAUAUGCUGAUUGUUGUCGUUCUCUG